UGUAAGUAUACCCGGCAGCUACCCUAGGUAGCUGCAUAUCCGACAAUGUCGUGAUGGAGAGUCCCCCGCAGCUAUCGGCACUAUUUAAGGCGAUACUUACCUACUUCAAGGUCGUAGUCGUCCCGCAUGCGCAUGCCGCCGUAUGCGUUCGUCCAAUAAUAAGUCAAGUAUAAGUAAUCCGCCAACUACCUAGUACCUUAGACCACCCGAAAGUCCUUAGUUCUUUGCAAUUUGCUAUACGUAGGAUCAGAUAUAUCUCUCGUUUAGGCAUUCAAGAUGUCAGACAGCGCUCCAAAUGAUUCCAGCGCAAUGCCUUCUCAUGGGGAGGAAGUGGGAGGAGGAGGGGGAAGGGGAGGGGCAGAGGGCAGCAGCGACUACGACCUCUCGCGGCCGCUGGACACGGGGCGGGGCGGCAUGCGCCAGGGCCUGACGUCGUACGGCGACGCGCACUUCUCGCUGUUCCUGCGCAAGGCCUUCAUCAAGGCCCUCGGAUACUCGGAGGACGCGCUGAGUCGGCCGGUGAUCGGGCUCACGAACACCGGGUCCGGGUUCAACCCGUGCCAUGCGAACAUGCCGCAGCUGCUGGAGGCGGCGAGGAGAGGCGUGUUGUUGGCGGGAGGUAUACCGGUGGACUUUCCGACGAUUAGUUUGCACGAGAGCUUUGCGGCGCCGUCGAGUAUGUUUCUGAGGAAUCUGAUGAGCUUGGAUACGGAGGAGAUGGUGAGGGCGCAGCCGGUCGAUGCGGUGGUGCUUGUGGGGGGCUGCGAUAAAACAACACCAGCGCAGCUGAUGGGCGGGAUCUCGGCGAACAAGCCGGUGCUGCAUCUCGUCACGGGCCCGAUGAUGCCGGGGAGCCACAAGGGCGUGCGGAUUGGCGCGUGUACGGAUUGUAGGAAUAAUUGGGCUAGCUAUAGGGCGGGUGUCAUUGACAUCGAGGAGAUUGCUGCGUUGAAUGAGGAGCUUGCGCCGACGGCUGGCACGUGUGGUGUUAUGGGGACUGCGAGUACAAUGGCGUGUAUACUUGUAGGUCUUGGCCUUAUGCCGUUUAAAGGGGCUUCAGCACCAGCCGUAUCCUCGGCUCGACUUCGAAUCGCCGAAGAGACAGGCGCCAACGCUGUGAAGAUCAUCGCCGCCGGAGACAGACUGAAGCCCCAAGCUCUCCUCACCAAAGAAUCCUUCAUCAACGCCAUAACCGUCCUCCAAGCCAUCGGCGGCUCAACAAACGCCGUCGUCCAUCUCAUGGCCAUCGUAAACCGACACCCCAACGUCGCCGGCAAAAUCACCCUCGACACCUUCGACGAGGUCGGCCGCCGCACCCCCUUGCUCCUGGACCUCAAGCCCAGCGGCGCCAACUACAUGACCGACUUCCACAACUCGGGCGGCAUGGCCGCGCUGCUCCACGAGCUGCGCCCCAUCCUGCACCUCGGCGCCAUGACCGUCACGGGCAAGACCCUCGGCGAGGCCCUCGACACCGAGCGCCUGAUCCCCGUGCCGCAGGCGCUCCGCUGCAUCCAGCCCUUCGACAACCCCCUAUACCCGCGCUCGUCCCUCGUCGUCCUCCGCGGGAACCUCGCCCCCGGCGGCGCCGUCACGAAGGCCAGCGCGUCCAAGGACCGGCGACUACUAAAGCACUCGGGGAGGGCGGUUGUGUUCACGGGCUCGGCGGACAUGGCGCGGCGCAUCGACGCCGACGACCUCGAGGUCGACGCCGGCAGCGUGCUGGUGCUGCAGAACAUCGGGCCGGUGGGCAACCCCGGGAUGCCGGAGGCGGGGCUCAUUCCGAUCCCGCGGAAGCUGGCGGCGCGCGGGGUCGAGGACAUGCUGAGGGUGUCGGACGGGCGGAUGAGCGGGACCGCGGGCGGCACCAUCGUGCUGCACGUCUCUCCCGAGGCGGCGGACCCGGGGUCUGUGUUGGGUGUUGUGAGGGACGGGGAUGUGAUUACGUGUGAUGUGGAGGCGCGCGUUCUGAGGGUCGAGGUCGGGGAGGAGGAGAUUGAGAGGAGGAGGGAGGAGAGGAGGGUGGCGAUGGCGAGGGAGGGGGGAGGGGAGGGAUGCCCGUGGAAGGAGAGGGAGAAGAUGAGGGGAUAUAGGGGGUUGUAUAUGAGGUCGGUUAACCAGGCGGAUCAGGGGGCGGAUUUUGAUUUUCUGACCGCUGAGUAUCAGGGUUGAUGGUAAGUA